CAGAUGGGCGGCAGGCCGACGGGCCCAUUUCCAUCUUGGGGCCUCGCUCUCUGCUCUAUAUGGCUGCGUUUGUCCAGGCCUGCUUUCCCCAUACAUCGGGAUCGCACCCAUGGACCCUUGCCGGCUGCAGGCGACUCCGGUCCAUCACCCAACCAUCUGUUCCUGCAUCUGCCUAUGACCCGACCCCCCUUGUUCGAGUGAGUGGUGGAUGUGCGAUCAGCAUAUCGGCUGAAUAUAUCACCUCUUGGACCCUCGAUCUCUCAAUGGGAUUGUCUCAUUGAAUUUUUUCUGCUUUGUUGUGAUAUUUUUUUGAGUGUUGUUGGCUUGCACGAUACUUGCUAAUGUUUUUUUGGGGGUUACGAACUGCCUAAUACUUAUCAUUCAUAAUCCUUCAGCACGAGGCUCUGGAGUCUUGGUCUGCUUCCAAUUCAUCGACUUUCAUUCCCAAGUACUGCUUGGGCCAGACCUCACAAUGGCCGCCCGGUCCGCUCUCUUCCUCCUCAUCACAGUCGUGCCGGCGUAUAUCUCGGCGUUGCAGGUCACGCCGAACUCGCCGUGUGCAUCCUUCUGUCUUGACUCUAACGGCCUCGACAUCUCGGACCCCAACUCUUCUAACACCAAGGGCAAGGACAUCACAUGUACGGACAACAAAUAUCAGACCGAGGCCGCGGGUCAGAAGUUCCAGCAGUGCAUGAGCUGUCUCCAAGAUAGCAAGUUCGUUCAGGGGGGCGAGAACGACCAAGACUGGUUUCUGUAUAACAUGAGAUACUCCUUCAAUUAUUGCAUCUACGGGUACCCAAAUGCCACCGGCGUCGGCUCCAAUCCCUGUAUGACGUCCACUGCAUGCGGUCCUUUGGAGGCCGCCCUCACGGACGGCGAGCUGGACCCGGAGAAGACAUCGCAAUACUCGUACUGCGAUGCGGAUGGCGGCGCCAUGCUCACCCCGGCAUACGACAAGUGCCUAUCUUGCGUCAGAGCGGGUGGCGAACACUACUACCUUGCCAACUACCUGAUCGCGCUUGGAGCUGGAUGCAAGCAACGGCCAGACCCGGGAAAGCUUGUCGGGCUCAAUGACACCGUCUUCACCAAAGGAAUGAUUACGGUGAUCGAUCCCAAGGACGCUGAAACACCCGAAAAAGACGAGAGCCCCGGCCUCUCCACAACGGCCAUCGUCGGCAUCGUCAUAGGCUCCGUCGUCGCCCUUGUCUUGGUCGCCGGGUGCGCCUUCAUCCAGUACCGCAAGCGCAAGGCACGCAGAGAAGGCCGCGGCAUCAACCCCGAGCUUUCCCGCCGUGCCAAGGGCCACCGCCCGGUCUCCUCGCUCUCCUUCCGGUGUCAGACGCACCUCACACCCAAGACACCAAACUUUUUCUCCAUCGAGGAAGAGGACCCGCAGAACGAGAAGCGUCCUCACGAAUCCGCUCACGAGGUCGCUCACUACCAACCUCACCAACACCACCAGGACGCGACCUCAGGCACCGUCUCGAAGCCGAGCCUCUGGAUGCCGCACAACUCCAUCUCCUCCCUACAGAGCUCGGCAGCCCCCACCUCCUACACGGACCGGAAACCCGCGCACAAGGAGACCCUCCCGCUCGCCAGCAUCACCACGAGCCUCCCCGUCAUCCCCCUCAAAGCCCACUCGCCGCGCUUCAACAUGUCCUCGCCCCAAGACGACUACUACGCCACCCCGACCUCCACGACAUCGGCGGCGCCGCUGCUGCCGCUCAGACCCUACGUCCCCUCCGAACAUGGUUUCUCGACGCCGUCGAUGGGUCACGCCGCGACAUUCAGCCCGGCGACGACGUACGCCUCCCCGACGUCGGGCACCACCGCGAGCCCCCUGCUCAGCCAGGCCGGCUGGCCCGCGCCGGCACACAGUCGGCAUCCUGCGCAUGUGGACUUGUCGUCAUCGUCCUCACCAUCUUCGUCCACGUCGGCCGUGGGAGAUGCGACGAAGACCAUGCCUGUCGUCGUGAGGGACCUCGCGCGGCCGCUGCCGAAGAGAGUGACGUCGCUGGGCGGCAGCCCUGUCGAGACGUCAGUGAUCCAGACAGCGUUCCCGCCCCCGCCUCCUCCCAAGAGGAGAUAGUAGUCUCUCUGCUGUCCUUUUGAAAAAAGUAUCCAUUCU